UUUCGUUAUAAACUUUUUUUUUUGUUUAAGAUUAUUUUCUGAUUAGUUGCGUUCUUUUAACGUUUUAUUUAGACGUAUAAUGACUGUAAACGCAAGUGGAAGUAUUUGAAACAUGUUAAAUAACAACGAGCUCGUGUUUUUGUAAAAAACAGGUCAAUAUUUAUUGACACAAUAUUUGGAGGAGAUAACGUUUAACUGCAGAUCAUUGAGUUCCUAUGUGAAGAAGAAAGCUUUAUUAAAGCACGCUGACACGGGAAUUGUCAAUUAAAGAGAACUUACAAAAAAGGAAAAGAAGAGAAAAGCAGUUUUAAUAAAAUUUAAUUUUCUUUCUGUCUGUGAUAUUUAUUUUUAUUUUACAAAUAUUUUUAUCUGCAACAAGACAUUCUAUCUUUAUCUGCACGAGCGUCUUAAAUCAACUUAUUUACUAGAUCUUUUAUGAAAGAGGUUUACCGUUAAGUAAAUAGAUACCAACCUACAAAAUCUUAGCAAAAAAUUAGAAGAAUUCAUUUGACCUGGAUACAAAUAAAGGACGCAGCACGCAAAUUACAGAGUGUUAUUAAUUUGGUUAGGUUUAUGGAAAAAAGUAUGUGGAAUAUUAUUUGUCAAAUUUUAAUAUUGAUUCACUUGGGAAAGUCAAGACCAAGGGUUGUGUACUUACAUACAUCUGACAUGCUUUCACGUCUUUCAAAACGCAGCGUCAAGAACCUGGAUGCCAAAUGCCCCACGUAUAAAUCCAACAUCGAACUCAACGCUUUUCUUCGCAGAUGUAGUACUAUAAACGAUCAGUGCCAAUCCGAUAAAGACUGCGGAGAAAAACGGAAAUGUUGCUAUGAUGGCUGUAUACUCUCUUGCAACCAACCAGUUACGUCAAAAGGAAUUACACUAAAGGAUUCAACAAAAAUGGAUUUUUCUCCAAAAAAAACUCAUUCCUUAGUACAUUUAUGUUCAUCACAAAAACUUACAUGCCCUUAUGGUCAUCGCUGCGAGCUGAAGAAUCCGACCAAGCAUGAAGGUUUCUGUGUUCCGUAUGACAAUCCAGCUUCUAACAAGGAGGUGGAUGCAUUCAAAACAUACGUACUGUCCAAAGAUGAGAAGAAUGAUUUGACUUGUUUUUAUGAAGGUAUAACGUACAACAACGGAGAGUGUUUUUAUAAGCAAGGUGAUUUAUGCAAAUGUUUCAAUACAGUAAUUAAUUGUCGAUUGACGAUACCAUGUUCGCCCCUAAAACAACCGGAUGUGUUUGUUAUUGGAAACGAAGUUGAAAAGAAAAAGCGAAAGUCGUGAAAAAUACCAUAGAAAGCUUUCGUUGGUUUAAAUGAAUAUAUUCGGUUUCUACGCGUAUCACACAACAAUUAACGCUGCUACAGGGAACAACCAGUUAAGCUUGCGAAAGCAAAAUCACAGAUACAGUGGGCAAAGACGUUGCAUACUAAUUAUAUAACAUGUAAAAAGUGUCAGUAAAUAUUGUGAUGAUAAUGUCAAGAAAAACCUUCAUAACAAAACAAAGGAAAGAGAAAGAAGCAUGCAGAUUAAAAGGAAUGUUUUCGAUUUUUAUUCAAAUAUUUUCAGUUGUAUAAAUUAAAAAAAGCUCUUACUGUUUUAUUUACUUCGUCAACAGAAUUCAUUCCAAACUCUUGAAAAACAAAUUUGAAGUAGUGAAGUGCUUGUUUACAUUCAUAAUUUAAAACACGCACGUCGGGUGAAAUAUUUCAGUAUUCCUAAUUUUCCGUGUGUAAACAACACAAAGACCUAAGGAUGAGACAGGAAAUUGGAGGAAUGUUAAAGAUGUUUUCUAAAUUUAAAAUUUCUAUAUCCAGCUUUCAGCAUUGGCAGAGAAAAAGUGUAAUGUUUUUGAAAAAGCCACACUUGUUUUUAAUAUUAGCAGUUUUGAACUUCCUAUAAGUGAUAUGUAGAGUGUAAUCGAUGAUAUUUUGUCAUCUUAAUAUGCCCCUAUGUAGUGAUGCGGCUAUGCAUAAUUUUACCAUGUUAUAUUGUGCAUGUGUAUUAUUUAUAAAAAAUAAAAGUUUAUACUGAGAUAAUAGUAUAACGCACACAAGGUAGCCUUUAUAUGGACUAGACGUGAGAUUUAUCCGUAAUGAGAUUUCAAAUCACAAUGAAAUUUUGCUGUGUUUACAUAGAUUUUUUCAUGGUGUUUUGUAAACUGCACAUGCGCAAUAACUUUCUGCACACGCGCAGCAAAUUUUUGAACAUGCCCGAUAACUUUAUACACAUGCCCAAUAAUUUCGUUUAAAAUUAUGUAAAGGAAUACAGACUAGACAAGAACCGAAAUAAAAUUUUAAUUUAGAUGUAAAGGCCACCUAAGGCUCUUUUGUUUUACUAUUUACACGAAGACAGGAUAUGUGGAUCUCAUAUUAAAUAUGUAGCUAUUAAAAAAACCUUUUUAAUGAUAAUAAAUAUUAUCCCUUUUCAUGAUAAAGCAAGGCGAUAUGGUGUGUCGCUGAUCGUGCAUCGCUGAGCGUACAUCACUGAGCGUACAUCACUGAGCGUGCAUCACUGAGCGUACAUCACUGAGCGUACAUCACCAAGCGUACAUCGGUGACCGUACAUCGCUGACCGUACAUCAAUGAGCGUACCUCGCUGUCCAUACAUCACUGGCCGUACAUCGCUGACCGUACAUCAAUGACCGUACAUCAAUGACCGUACAUCAAUGACCGUACAUCGCUGACCGUAUAUCGCUGACCGUGCAUCACUGAUGGUACAUCGCUGAGCGUACAUCACUGAUCGUACACCGCUGACUGUAUAUCGCUGACCGUACAACACAGCCAUAAAGCGCGGAGGACGAACUUGGAAAUAGAGGAUUAUAUCUGCAAUUUUAUUAACUCGAUCUCCACCAUCCUUUAAGAUGACAGUUUCAUUUGUCUAUUCCUUAAAGGAUCGAGGGAGAAAAGAAAAAAAAACGACAAAUAAAGAGACUCAUUUGAAGCUAGAUUUAUUAAAGGAUAAACUGAACUGGCAAGAUGACGUCAUUGACGUUUAAUAAGUAAAUGAAGAAAUUACACGCGCGGGACAAAAUGCUGAUUAUAUCUAAGCGAAAGGAACAAGAAGAUGCUAAAAAAGCGAUGAGUAAUUAAAGUCGUUAAACUCUUUCUGAAUGAAAA